AUGUUUCUUCGUAACCUCGCGCAGCUAUGCCUCUUGGCCGCUCCAGCCUUUGCUGGCAUGACCAAGACGGGCUCCGUAUGCACCGUCACUCCCUCUGGAUCCAGCGAUGACAGUCCCUACAUCUUGGAUGCCCUCCACCAAUGCGGACAGAACGGAAAGGUAGACAUCACCGAGGGAAACUACUCCAUCGGCAAAGUCAUGGAUGUGCUCAACCUGACCAACUGCGAAAUCAACAUUCGCGGCACACUGACCUGGAGCACUGACAUCCAGUACUGGGUGAAGAACAGCGUCAGUGUCGUCUUCCAGCAGAGGAGCACGGCAUUCCGUCUGGGAGGCGAAAACUUCUCACUCUUGGGCCAUGGACAAGGACUGUUUAAUGGAAAUGGCCAGGUGUGGUACGACGCCAACCGCGAUGGCAGUAACAUGGCGGGUAGGCCAAUCAGCCUGACACUCUGGAACGCAAAGAAUGUCGUUGUCGACGGAAUCACUUGGAGACAGACACAGUUCUGGCACACAUUUGUCGCCCACUCGCAAAACGUCACCAUGACAAACCUCGAUAUGAAGGCCGUCUCCUCAUCACAGUGGGGUACUGUCAACACCGAUGGCUUUGACAGCUGGAACGCGCAAGACAUCUUCCUGCAGAACUGGACCGUGACCUGCGGCGAUGAUUGCAUUUCCAUCAAGGGAAACAGCACCAACGUUCACGUCAAGAAUGCCACCUGCUACGGCUCCGGCGCCAUGGUGAUUGGAAGCCUGGGCAACCCUCCUAACAUUCCCGAGACAGUCGACAACAUCCUCUUCGAAGACAUCACCGCCAUCUACAGCUCAAACGCGGCAUGGAUCAAGACGUACCCGGGCACCGGCCACGUCAAGAACGUGACAUUCCGCAACUUCAAGAUCCAAGACGUCAACCAGCCCAUCUACGUGUCGCCCUGCAUUUACUCGUACACCAACUGCGAUUCCUCGCACCUCAAGAUCUCCGACAUUACCUGGGAGAACAUCACAGGCACAUCGGCAUACGACGUGUCUACAGCCAUCUACUGCAGUGCCGCCGCACCCUGCACCGGCUUGAAGUUCAACAACAUCAACAUCAAGCCCGCCAGGGGUGGCCAAGAGAAAGUCCUAUGUAGCAACAUGAACAGCGACAGUGGGCUAGACUGUACCGGCACUUGCCCCGCAGGCUGGAAGCAGCAACUAAGCGGCAACGUAUAA